AUGCAAUUAGCAGACAACAAUUGUGACAUGUUUGGUGAUGAUCUUGAGAUGGUGGCAAUCGGCAGAGAAAAAGUGAAAACCGGGGUAUCGGGAGCAAGAUUUCCCAAGAAACCUGGGAGGACCACUCUUGUCCCUCGAGACACGUCACUCGGUCGACUCACCGUCGACGUCAACGCCCACAAGUCCGGUACUGCCCGUCAUGGCUCACCACCGGACCAAACCACCAAAGGAAUGCACCGUCCGGUAUCCCUCACCAGAAAUUAG